CCCCCACCAGGCAUGGCCAACACACAGACUAGUUAGUAGAGUCUAACCCUCCUCAGCCUCAAUAGUUCAAUUGAGCCAAAGCAUUGUGAAGGAGGUGCAUCUCAUCACACACAAGGAAGCACACAGAAGGAGCACACAAGGAUGGCCCUUUGGUUUAUCAUUGUCCUGAAAUGAUGACUUGAACAUUAAUUUGGUAUCCACUUAGACUCUCAGAGAGGACAAUAGCAACCCCCCAACACCCAAACAUGUGUGUUUAUAAUUUCCUAUGUUUUUUAAUUUUUUUCUAUGCAGAUUCAUGCCUUCAUUAGUGUCCCUUCAUUGAUCUCCCAUGCCAUCUGAAAGAUCAUUGCCUUUGAGAAUAUGCUGAAAGCUCGAACUCGCUGGCGUCAGUUGCGGGCUUAUGGCUGCCAGUUGGAGAAAACCAUUUGGUUGUACCGCGCUCGGGUCUCCACAUUUCGUGUUGGACAUGGCGAAGCCAGUCUGAACGCCCCCGAAGUGAAGUUCAGAGAAGCUCUGGAUCAAUGGCGGCAAUCAUUGCUGUCAAGUGCAAGCCUUGCUGACACAGAGUUUGAAAGGAAGCACAAGGAGAGGAUCUACAAAGAUCUUUUUGCCGAGGGUGACGAGAGCCCCAAGUAUUUUGUUCCGGCAGACCCCCGACUUUACAUCAAAUAUCGAAUCAAGGAGAUGCAGGACUUCUACACUGAACGCAUUCCAAAUUCUGUGUGGUGGAACGGCUUUUGGAAGGUCUUGUUGAUUGUGUCGAACCUGUCCUGUUCAAUCUUCGCCUACGCACAGAUGUCUUCGUGGGUAGCGCUUCUGGCCAUGUUUGCGGCUUGCUGCACUUCGUGGAGCGAAUUCAGAGGGCACACAGCCAAGACGCAGCGCUAUACCCAGG